AUGGUUGCCGUCUCGUUGAACUAUUGGAGAACGUCUUUGGCGAUAUUCGCAGGCAGGAUUGUGCAAGUGAACUCCGGCUCCCUUGCGGACAUUGAUCAUGUCAUCUUGUUCAUGCAAGGUAAUCCCCCAAGACCCAUUGUCUUGCACCCAUAUACUGAUUACCGAUCAGAGAACAGGGCCUUUGAUCAUUAUUUUGGAACGAUGGCUGGUGUUCGUGGGUUCUCUGAUCCAAAUGUCCAGGUCAAUCCAGAUGGUAGAACUGUCUGGCAACAAAAUGUGGACACGAAUGUGACAGGCAAUCCUAAUGCCCAACUCAACAUGACAGGUCAAACUGAGUGGCAACUAAACGAAACCUCCAACAACAAUAUCGAGUAUCUUUUGCCAUUUUACCUCAACUGGGAGGGCGGCAAUCGCACCGAAUCGACACAGUGUAUGGUGGCAGGUGAUAAUGGUUGGAGUGAUAAUCAAGCUGCUCUUAAUGGUGGCCUCAACAAUCAAUGGGCGACCAACAACACAGCAUGGAGUUGGGGCUUCUUCAAAAGAUCGGAUAUUCCUGUUCAAUAUGACAUUGCCGAUGGAUGGAUCAUUGGCGACAUGUAUCAAGAAUCCAUUAUUGCCUCAACUGCUCCAAAUCGUGUAGCCUGGAUGUCGGGCUCCAUAAAUGCUCCAGGCUCUCCACAAACCCCUAAUCAAGGAGGGAACCCGUACAUCGACAACAACUUUGUUCCAGGCUGUGAUGAUGGAGGUAUCAAUUGUUACCCUCUCCUGUGGAAAACCGUCCCUGAGCAUUAUGAGGACGCCGGGGUUUCGUGGUCGGUUUUCCAAGACAUUGAUAACUUUGACGACAAUGCCCUCUCGUAUUUUGGGCAGUUUCAAAAAGCAGCGAACGACAGUAGUCUGCAUCUUAAGGGCGUCGCAGGUGAAUCACUUAGCAAGUUCUAUGCUCGUGCAGCCAACGGCACACUUCCUAGCGUGUCCAUCGUUGUUGGUCCAAUGGAGCUCUCGGAACACGCACCAAUGGCACCACGAGACGGGGCAUGGCUGCAAAAGAGGAUUCUUGAGGCCGUGACUCAGGGACCAAGCUGGUCCAAAUCAGUGCUCAUUUAUUCUUACGAUGAGACUGGGGGUUGGGGUGAUCAUGUUGUGCCGUAUCACUCCCCCCCUGGCACUGCAGGGGAAUGGAUUGACGAUCCAGACAGAGUCCUUGGACAGACUUAUACCGGACCUGGAUUUCGAGUACCAUUCUAUAUCGUUUCCCCGUGGACGCGUACCAAGACUGGUGCUGUUUUCACAGAGCAUGCUGACCAUAAUUCUCAAAUCUUGUUCAUUGAAGAAUGGCUAGCUGCACAAGGCAAAAACGUUGUCACCAAUCAAAUGGUCCCUUGGCGUCGGCAGCACAUGUCAAACCUUGUCAAUGCAUUUGAUUUCGACCAUCCAGACUAUUCAAUACCCGAGAUCUCAAAUGCCCCGGCACCUACGAUAGAUGCUCAGGGAGCAUACUAUCAUGGCAGUUUUGAGUGCUUGGCAAAGUUCACCAACGCAAGACCUCGUGUUCCGUUGGACAGCCAAAUCGAUCCCAAGGACGUACCAAGAUUAUCUGAAGAAGGCUUUAAGGUCAUGCGAGGUGCAUUGACUGAGGGGCGGUACAUUGUUUUCGAACUCGGCGACUGGUCGUUGAGCAAUAAUGGCGGUCGCUACAUUGAGGCAACUAAACCGACCUCCCGGCACGAGGACAUCGCUCAGCGUUGGAUUGUACACAGCUUGGCUGAGGGAGGGAACAAAUUUAAAAUCAGCAGCGCAAAGGAUGGCCGGUAUCUUGGAGGUAUCUUUGGAGAAUUCUGUGGCCGUGAGGAGGCUGACGCUCAAGAAUACACCGUGAUUUUCCAUGCUAGUCAAGGCUACGCUUUGCAACGAGAAGAUGGGAAAUUCCUCUCCAUCAGCAGAUGGGGUAGUGUAGUAGGAAGUAGCGUACCAGUUUACUUCCAAGCAUAUAGUGUGACAUAUCACGUCUAA